CUCGGCGCAGCAACAAACACCCUCGGCAAGGGCGUCGCGGGCGUCACGGAGACGACAGGGAAUGUAGUGUCUGGCGUGGGACGGGGCGUGGGAGAUACGGUUUCGGGUGUGAGCAAGGGUGUUGGGGAUACGACGAAAGCGGCGGGUAACUUUGUUGGCGAUACGACGAAGGCUGGGACGAAGAGUGUGGGGGCUGGUGGGCAGGAUGAGGUUGUGCAGAAGUAG